AUGGGCACCAUCAUCAUGACAACGGAUGCAAACGGCUCCUCCUCCGACCGGUGCAGCUGCCCGGCCGGGUUCACGCGGUGCGCCGGCCGCUGCCUCAUCCGACUGGACGCUGCACUCACCAACACGGAGGCGCAGAGCCGCUGCCAGCAGCGCGGCGCCCACCUGGCCGUCCCGCGCACCGAGGCCGAGAACCAGUGUGUCAUCGAGGUCGCCUCGAGGAGGCUGGUGUGGCUGGGGGUGACCGACCUGGGCUCGGAGGGCUCCUCCUCCGACCGGUGCAGCUGCCCGGCCGGGUUCACGCGGUGCGCCGGCCGCUGCCUGGUCCGACUGGACGCUGCACUCACCAACACGGAGGCGCAGAGCCGCUGCCAGCAGCGCGGCGCCCACCUGGCCGUCCCGCGUACCGAGGCCGAGAACCAGUGUGUCAUCGAGGUCGCCUCGAGGAGGCUGGUGUGGCUGGGGGUGACCGACCUGGGCUCGGAGGACGUGUUUUGGGGCGUUGACGGCUGCGGCACGGUCCCCUGGUGGGGGUUCACCUUUCCUGACAACUUUUGGGGUGUGGAGCAUUGUGUAGCACAUAUGCUGAGUAAUUGGAACGACGUCGAUUGUAGAAGGCUGUACCAUCCCCUAUGCCAGCUGGACUAUUGCAAGGAGACCAUGUGCCAAUAG